GAGCAAAAAUCUAAAACCGUGAACCGUUUGUGGAUGUCUAAUAUCUCUUUAAGACCCUGAAGGAAAUCUAAAUCUUAACAGUCAUGGACUCUCAGGGUGGUCCGUACCUCAACAAGAAUGCACUGUGCUCAGCUCUGGGUGCUGCCCGUUUCUGUCAGUUAGCUAUGGGCUGUUCUGUGAUUGCCAUGGUAAUCCACAGCGCCGGCUACAGCGGUUCACACGGUGUGUUCUGCAUGGCAGCUUGGUGCUGCUGCUUUGCCAUGACAGUCGUGGUGUUUUUCCUGGAUGCCACUCGUCUCUACAGCUGCCUGUCCAUAUCCUGGGACAACCUCACGGUCACAUGUGCUGCCUUUGCAGCACUCAUGUAUGUGACAGCGUCUGUGGUUUACCCGCUGUUCUUUGUCCAAUCUGAGUGUCCUUACGCCGGCUGUGAUGUCCGAGACUUCCGCAUUGCUGUCACUGUCUGCUCCAUCCUGGGUACUCUGGCCUACGGUGCAGAAGUGGCUUUGUGUCGGGCCAAGCCAGGCCAGAUUGUGGUGGGCUACAUGGCCACCGUCCCUGGUCUUCUUAAAGUCGUUCAAGGCUUUGUAGCCUGUAUCAUCUUUGGAGCUCUGGCCAAUGGGAGUCAGUACUCCCUUUAUGCUGCCACAAUCUACUGCGUUGUCGUCUAUGCUUUCUGUUUUGCUCUGACAACACUGGUUGUCAUAAUGACUGUGUGCAAACGGACCAAGACUGUGCGCUGCAUGCCCUUUGACCGUUUUGUGGUGGUGUGCACACUCCUGGAAGUACUGCUUUACCUGAGUGCUUCUGUUGUGUGGCCAGUGUUCUGCUUUGACUCUAAGUAUGGCUCACCUUGGAGACCAUCAUCGUGUCCACAGGGGAAGUGUCCAUGGGACAGCAAAGUUGUGGUGGCUGUAUUCUCCUGCAUCAAUUUUGGACUGUAUAUGGCAGAUCUGAUUUACUCCCAGAGGAUAAGAUUUGUCUCCUCACAUUUGCCCUCUCACCCACGGGUAUAG